AUGCUCUGUCGCUGGAGUUCUACCGCAGUUGUGGCACUCGCUCUUGAAUUCGCCGUAGGGAGUCCUCAGAGUCCCUCGGCUCCGGUUCAAGUUCUCGAGACCCGUCGCGACGUGGCACCCAUUGGAAAUGAGGCUCUGCAAGGCUUGCAAAGAGAUCUGGUAACGGCGGGUCUCAAGCAGCGUGAUUCGGACACUCAACUCUACAAGACCAAUGGGUCUCUGGAUUUGAUGUGGAACGACGCGACUUUCUUCAGCUAUAAAUCUCUGUCUAUAUCAUGCGUCAGCUGCUACGUCAAGGGCACAGCGUACGCAAGCCUGGUUGUCGACGGCGAUUUCAACUUCACCCAGGCCCUGACGGAGUUUCACGAUCAAUUCUGGCCCGAGGUCAAGAAUAUCAGCAUCGAGGUCUGGGACCAGUUCAAGAAUUGGUCUCAUUACGUUGCCGAUAACGUCACCGACACAGUCGGAGACAACGUCGUCUCAUUCUUCCAGACCGGCGAUUUCGAUGAGCUCGAUAUUGACUGGAGUGCCUACGCCCUCCCCACCCUCGACGUGGAUUUUGAGAUGAACCUGACCAACAUCCCGGAAACAACACUGAGCCUCGAAUUUGAUGACCUGGAGCUUUACCUGGAGCUCGAGGCCACCUUGGACGCAGACCAGACCUACAAGGUCAACUUGUAUCCUCCAGAGUGGUUCCAACCAGCCGGAAUAAAAAUUGGGGAUCAAUUGGUUGGCGUUGUCAUAACUCUGGAACUGCUUUUGACGUUGAGCACAGAGGCAAGUAUCAGCACAGGUGUGCACGUCAAAUUUGACGACGGUCUGGCAAUGCAAAUCGCCAUGUUUGGCAGUGAUGUCUCGGGCAUCACACUUACGGGCGGUUCAUUUGAGUUCCUCCCAGUGACAGUAGGCUCAAGCGGUAUCGUGCUCGACGCGACCCUCCGCCUCGGCGUCACCGCCGGCCUGAACAUGUCUCAAGACCUCGGCAAAGACUUCAUCAAGCUGGCCGCCGGGUCGUCGGCAACGGUGUACGCCGACCUUGCGCGGUUCACCACGAACAUCACCACGCCAGAGGCCCUGGAACUGGCCACCAGGGACGACGACUGCCUCAUGCCAGUGGUCGAGUCCUACGAGUUCGGCCUCGGCGCCCUGGCGGGGGCUUUCGUCCAGUUCAGAGACGAGAAAUGGGGCCCCACGCCCAACACGAGCAUCCAGAUUUACUACACCACGCUGUAUUCUGCCUGCGCUAUCGACCCGGCUUCUGCAACCUCGUCCGUUGAGGCGAGGCAAACAGCACCGGCUCUGCUGGCCGAGCGCGCCGACCUGACCCCGACCGAAGCCACCAGCGUCGUCACGAUCACCAACAUCGUCUGCCAACAGGCGGGGCUGAGGAACUGCCCGGCCUCCCUGCAGACCACGGUCCAAGUGACCACGACCUCUACGGCGAUCGUGUCGGUGGCCGAGGGGGAGGCUCCGGUCUUCCCUGCCACGGCGACGACCGCCGCAGUCGCCGCCGUUUCUGCCUUCGGCGAGGCCGUCCAGAAGCUCAAGGGCUCGAGCGGCAGCCCCGUCUCCUUUGUGCCUCCCGUCGAGACUGACGGCUCAAGUAUCGGGGAUGGGAUCUCGGGUGUUAUUGAUGAUGCCAAGGACGAGUACAAUGGAAUGUCCGAGGACUUCAAGAGGCUCGUCAUCGGGCUGUCUGCUGGCCUGGGCGGCGCGUUCAUUGUCUGUGUCAUCGCUGGCAUUUGGCUAUGUUGCAAGAGGCGCGCAAGGAAAUACAACCCCGUGCCGCGGUCGAACGUUGAGGAGUACCACGGUCCGGAUGCCUCCCAGCCCUUCCUUGGGCGCGAGACAGACGCGAGAUGGAAGCAGGCACAGUCUCGUGUCAGCAUGUCUACCACCGACCCUAGAUGA